AUGGCGCUCGUUUCUACCCUGCAUCACGAGCUUGCAUUACCGGUGCCAAAGCUGGAGCCAGCUACAACAAGCCCACUCUUUGUCUCGAAUGAAACCAGCCUACGCCAAUCUGCAGAUAACACUGCAGAAGAUACCGUUACAAACAAUCAUCAGGAUGCACCCGUUUCUCCUGUACAAGCAGAGCCGGGACAGACACGACAGGUUUUCGAGCGAGCCCCAUUGCCUGAAAGCAGUCGAUACCGCCAGUUGGCUAUCACUACGCUGAUUGUCAUUUCGAACCUUGUUCAGAUGAUUGUUAACUUUGCCGGUAUUGCCGGUGGCCGAACAUUCAUCGAGUCCAUGGGAGUAAAACAAACUUACGCGACCUGGAUUGCCGCAAGUUACGGUCUCACACAGGGAACAUUCGUUCUCGUGAGCGGCCGUCUCGGCGAUGUCUACGGCCACCGCAAGAUGCUCCUAGGCGGCGGCGCCUGGCUCGUACUGUGUUCAUUCGUCGGUGCCUUCGUCCACACGAAUUUCUUCGCAUUCGUGACGAUGCGCGCACUUGCUGGCGUUGGGGGUGCAUGUAUUAUGCCUAACGCGGUGGCCAUGAUUGCGAUCACCAAUCCUCCAGGGAGAGUCCGAAAUCUCAGUUUAGGAUUUUUUGCGGCAUCAGCGCCGUUGGGAGGGUACUUCUCUGCGCUGUUCCUUGGGGCUUUCAUGGAGCAUACGCACUGGCGGUGGUUCUUUACUUUUGUGGCGUGCCUUGGGGCCGUGACAUUCAUACCUCUCUGGCUUCUCAGCAACAACCAAGCAACGUCAAGUCGAAAUGAAAAGAUCGAUUGGCUGGGUGCUGCACUGGGGACGAGCGCGUUGAUUCUAUUCAAUUUCGUCUGGAAUCAAGCGCCGAGCGUAGGCUGGUCAACCCCCUACGAGAUAGCUCUACUCGUGCUGUCAGUCAUCCUGUUCAGUUUUUUCAUCAUUUGGGAGCACAAAAUCUCGCAUCCCAUUAUGCCACCUUCCAUAUUCAGAGCGCCCUCCUUCGCCAUUCUCGUCCUGGUUAUCCUCCUCGACUAUAUGACCGUCGGUACAGUGCUUUGGUACCAGCUCCUCUGGCUUCAAGACGUCUGGGGCUGGUCCACGCUUCAGUUCGCAAUCGGCUGGACCCCCUUUGUCAUCUGCGGCACAUUCGCAGCCUGCCUGGCAGCCUGGCUAAUACCCCGGCUCGCAGCUCAAUGGAUCCUAGCACUCGGCUCGGUAACAGUCAUGGUCUCAACUGUGCUAAUUGCUACAAUCCCACUGAAACAAAGCUACUGGGCGCAAAUGUUUCCCUCCAUCGUACUAUUUUCGUUUUGCCCUGACCUCGUGUAUACCGCUGGUCAAAUCAUAGCUAGUAACACGGUCCGACGACACCAGCAGGGCGUUGCGGGGUCAAUCAUCGGAACACUGAAUCUGUAUGGGAACAGUUUAGGGUUGGGCUUCGCGUCGACUGUUGAGGUGCAGAUUGCGAAGACCUCUGGGAACAAUAUUACCGGGUACCGCGCCGCGUUAUAUUUCGGAGUCGCGAUUAGUGCCAUCGCACUACUUCUUGAUGUUGCAUUUGUGAGGAGAGUCAAGGACGAGCGAGAGGGGUGGGAGGAGGGAGACCAAGACGGAGAAGCGAUUGAGUUGGCUCAGGCUGCCACGACGGGUGCUCAGGUCUCGAGGCUCGAGGCGGGACAGGGGUCUUCUGUCGUUCAAAGAGUCGAGUAA